UAUGUAUAUUUGACAAAUUAUGUAGUGCAUUAUUUUUCGCAGCACGAAUAAUACUUUAAAUUCUAAUGUUUCCUUUACCGAUAUAAAUAAUAUGCCUAUUAUUGUUCCUGUAAUUACAACAGAAGAAGAAGUGGGAGUGGAAGUUCCUAAAGUAGAGGUCAAAGUAGAACCUCCAUACGGAACUGUAGAAUGGAUAUACUACUGCAGCGAAAUGGAUGGUGAUCUACCAACUCCAAUAGAUAUAUCCAUCACUGGUUCUAUACAAUAUAGAUGUCCAGAACUCAAAUGGUUCAACUUUGAUGUGUUUCCGCAUAAAGUCAAAUUAACUAAUACUGGAUAUACAGUUUUACUUGGAGCCAAAUGGAAAGCUGAAAGACCUUACUUGGAAGGGGGUCCAUUUCUGGAGAAACACGUUUUGUCUCAAAUUCAUUUCCAUUGGGGUCCAAAUAUGAUGGAAGGGAGUGAGCAUACCGUGGACAAAAGACGGUAUCCUGGUGAAAUGCAGGUAACUUUCUUUAAAUUGGACUAUAUGACUCAAGAUGAAGCCUUUCAUCACGCUGACGGUGUAGUAAUCAUAUGUUACUUGAUCAAGUAUGGAGUAAACCCUGACGAUCGUCUAAGCUGGGUUAUCGAAGGAUUCCCACGGAUUCAGGAGGCGCAAACAAACACGCGUAUAGGACCGUAUCCCAUGUCACGUCUGAUGCCGAUGUUCUUUGAAGAUUAUUUCCUGUACUGGGGAACUUUGAAGACUGUUCGGAAUGAAAAAUAUGUCGUUAGGUGGCUCAUUCCUAGAAUUACGCUAUUCGCUUCCUUCGAUCAGAUGAAAGAAUUCCGUAAGUUAUGGGAUCCAUGGGAUGCACCGAAUUUGGGCAAUUGCAGACCGCUUGAAGAGACAGCUGGACGCCACAUCUUCUUCAUCAAUCCACAUUGGAACCUGUACAACUCCUUACUGCCAAUACCAAGAUUACCAGAACCUUCCAUAUCAAUAUUCUCUCCAGCUUAUGAACAAAAUCUUUCGUUACUACCGCCACAGAAUGCAUACAUGUUGCCAGCUCCUGAAGUAAAUCCGGAUGCCAAAGUAGUUUCUCAGGCUGAAGAAUAAAAAUGA